AUGCAACUGUUACAUACUACAGUUGCUAGGGAAGCCUUGUCCUGCGCCACGCAUCAGGAAUAUCAGUCCACUCAUCCCACCGUCAAAGUCACCGACGAGGAGGGUAAGAUCGGGCUCUUGGAUUAUGCAGUGAAUGAGAGAAUUGACAACGGCAUCCACACCUUCCUCGCCGACACCAAUAUCGAUAUAUUUGAUAACGUCCAGACUGUCAACGCCCGAGGCAUGUUCCUCUGCUGCCGCGCCCAAGUCGCAGCCAUCCGUACUAGCACGCGGGAUAUCAGUCAUGACGCAAUUUUGAACGUCUGUUCAGCCAAUUCUCUCGCUGGACUGGCCGGGAAAGGCCCCUAUGUCAAUCCUCCAAGCAUGCGCUUGGACCACUUUGCCGAAGGCAUUCGCUGCAACGCCGUCUGCCCCACCUGGGUACGCACCCCGCUCCUUGACAGCGAACUCGAACGCAACCCCCAUGUCCGGGCGGAGGGCGAGGAGGUCGGUGAUACAAUUGUGUAUUUGCUGAGUCCGUCGGCGAGUUAUAUUAAUGCGACAAGUCUAUUGUUGGAUGCGGCUGUUACUGCGACGUUGCGGUUGCAUUGA